AUGCAAGCCACUCAUGAUACUUAUGCAGAUCCGUCAUCGUCGACGUCGACCCUGAAGAAGGGGGUCCAGCAUGAAGACAUGAAAGGCGCUCAAUUUGUGGUCCAAUCUAAUUUGAAAAUCAUGUCAAGAUGUAUCUCUGCUCUAAGCAAAAUUUCCGAAGACGUUUUAAUCGAAGUUUCCGAUACUGGGUUAUACUUCAAAAUUGUCAACCGGUCUAAAUUCUGCGUUUUCCGUUUUGCUCCCGAGUUCUUCAAUUCUUGCGACGUGUCAAUGAUCAACAAUAAGAAAAUAAAUAUUUGUAGACUAUCAAUGAAAUCGGCUCAGCGAAUUUUCAAAGGUGUGGCUGUGGGUGAAAAGACAUUCGUUGGUUGUGAGUUUCGAAUCGAUCCGAGAGGCGAAAAGAUGAUGGUCAAGCUUCAAAUGAAUUAUGAUAUCGAUCGUACCAUCCAUGCCAAACUUCGCGAAAUGGGAUCUAUCCUGCAUAAGCCAACCUACGACCGAGCAAUCUGCAGAAAUACCACCGUUGUUUUUGCCUCAACUCUUCUUCCUAUCCUUGCCCAAAUGAAAACAGAUCUCGAAGUCACAAUGAAGGUAAACGAAGAGGGACUCACAAUUCGAAACUAUCACUCAAUGGACGGAGUUUCCAUGUUCAAUAUGGCCGAUCAGCGGGGAGGUGGAAAGAAGGUCAAGACAGAGACAACAAUCACAAUCGAUAAGCUGACCCGCCAUAAAUCAAUUGUGACAUUCGCUGAUCAGCUGGGCUCGGAAGUUUGUCUCUACUAUGAUCUUCCGGGUAGACCAUUGAUCUUAUCGAUGGAAGCACAUCCUAACUUUGACAUCGAGCUGGCAUUAGCCACUAUGGGUAAUGAUGAUGAAAUUGAUUUAGAUGGAGGGAUUGUUAAAGAAACGAUGAUUCACCACGAGACGACAAUCAACGGACAGUCUUCUGAAACAAUCUCGGCCAAGAAAUCGAAAAAAGCAUCAAACUUGGAUGAUUUCAACAUCACCAGCUCUAGCUCAAAAAGAGGACCUGUUCCGAAUUCCGAAGUACACCAAUCCCAAUCCCAGUCACACUCGCAACCAAGCAAAAACAAAUUUAUUGCUGCAACAGUUCACGAGAAGACCACUCAACCAGUUACCGAUCAUUCGUGGAGAGAUCAUGAAAUUAUAGACGGUGAACACCAGAGAGUAGCGACCCCAGAGACUCAGCCGGAGGUGGAGAUGAUUGUUCCGAUGGAGACUGAUCCAGAUAUCAUGGAAGUUGAUGAACCAAUUCACAGAAGAACACCAGCAGAGAAGGAGUUUUCAAUGCAUCAAGCUAUUCAAGAUAUUAAUAUAAGUGCACGAAUCAACUCUCCACAAUAUCUCGAACCGGAAGAGUUCCCGAACCCGAUUCCUCAAGAAGAAAAUGAGCGAGAACCUAUAGUUGCUGAUAUCCCGGAAGAGGAUCAAAACCGAAUAUUCAAAGUUCCUGAAGUGAAGCGAAUGAGAGUGGAUGAUGGUAGAAGUGUAUCGAUCUUUUUCAGAUUCGACGCAUUCUAA